AUGAGUCAAACCAUUUGUUUGUAUUGCCGCGCACUAAAUUCUGGCGAGGUUGUGGGUUAUACGUUACCCUUGUUUGUGUUUUUGAAGUCUGCACUUCAGUUGACACAACCAUCAACUUCAUUAUCUUUUUUGAUUCUAAAAAUGGAUACAGAUUUAUAUGAUGAAUUUGGGAAUUACAUUGGGCCUGAUCUUUUAUCUGACGAAGAGGUGGAGGACGAUGUAAAUAGUGUUGACGAUGAAGGUACCGAGGAGGAAGAUAUGGCUCAGGAUGCUGUUAAUCACCUUGAAACAAAUGAUGUACAAGAAGAAAGUUUGGCUGUUAUUCUUCAUGAAGAUAAAAAGUAUUAUCCAAGUGCACUAGAAGUCUAUGGUCCCGAAGUUGAAACCUUAGUACAGGAAGAAGAUGCUCAGCCGUUAACACAACCAUUAAUAGAACCAGUUCGCCGCAAAAAGUUUGCUUACACUGAAGCAUCAAUUCCAACAACAACGUACGACCCUGAAUUCUUGGCUGAUCUUAUGGAUUGUCCGGAAUUGAUUCGCAACGUUGUUCUUUGUGGACAUUUGCAUCAUGGCAAAACUUCCUUCAUGGACUGUUUGAUAGAACUUACUCAUCCUGAUAUUGAAGCGAAAGAAGACAAAAAUCUCAGGUACACUGAUUUCUUGCACAUGGAGGUAGAAAGAGGGCUGAGUAUAAAAUCUACUCCAGUCUCCUUGGUGCUGCGCAGCAUGCAAGAAAAGUCGUAUCUGUUUAACAUAUUUGAUACACCAGGUCACGUCAAUUUUUCCGACGAAGUAACUGCUGCUUUUCGACUCGCUGAUGGAAUCUGUCUGUUAGUGGACGUCAGCGAAGGUGUACUUUUAAACACCGAACGUAUUCUUAAACAUGCUCUACAAGAACGACUACCGGUAACACUGUGCAUCAACAAAAUAGAUCGUGCAGGUAUUACAGAUGAUACACAACCUGUUGUCAGCCCAUUAUUGGGAAAUGUAUGCUUCGCAAGUACUUAUUACCGAUUCUGUUUUACUUUGGAAUCAUUUGCGAGAAUAUAUAUGGAUACAUUUUCUAACGGUAUGGAUCACAAAGAAUUCGCUGGACGUUUAUGGGGUGAUAUAUAUUUUAAUUCUAAAACAAGAAGAUUUCAAAAACGGCCACCUUCUGCGAAUUCACAACGAACAUUUGUAGAUUUUAUUCUGGAACCUUUGUAUAAGAUUUUUGCUCAAACUGUUGGCGAUGUUGAUACUUGCUUACCGUCAUUAUGUUCAGAGUUGGGUAUCUAUUUAACGAAAUCUGAAAUGAAACUGAAUAUACGCCCACUUUUGCGUUUGAUAUUUAAACGAUUCUUUGGCGAUUUCUCUGGAUUUGUGAAUAUGUGUGCAGAACAUAUACCAAGUCCAGUUAACUCAGCCGCAACUAAAGUGGGAUCAACGUAUACUGGCACACUAGAUAACGAUCUCGGACGUGCCAUGAUAAAAUGCAACAUGAAUUACGAACAUGUAAUGGUUCAUACUACCAAACUUUAUCCUGAUCAAGAAGCUAUCUCUUUUCAUGUUUUUGGACGUGUUAUGUGUGGUACCUUAUUUGCUGGUCAAACCGUCCGUGUUUUAGGCGAGAACUACACACUUUCUGAUGAAGAAGAUUCACGACCAGCUACAGUUGGCCGUUUGUGGGUAUCUAUCGCGCGUUACCAGCUGGAGGUGAAUCGGGUACCAGCGGGUAAUUGGGUGUUGAUUGAGGGUAUCGAUCAUCCUAUUGUGAAAACAGCUACAUUAACAUCAGCGGAUGCCCGUGGAGCAUAUAUAUUCAGACCCUUAAAUUUCAAUACUUCUUCAGUUGUUAAGAUUGCCGUGGAACCUGCCAAUCCUUCUGAGUUACCUAAAUUGUUGGAUGGUCUCAGAAAAGUUAAUAAAAGUUAUCCUCUCCUCGCCACCAAGGUUGAAGAAUCAGGUGAACGUGUCAUUCGUGGUACUGGUGAAUUGUAUUUAGAUUGUGUUAUGCAUGAUUUGCGCAAGCUCUACUCUGAUAUCGAUGUGAAAGUUGCUGAUCCUGUUGUAGCGUUUUGCGAGACAGUUGUGGAAACUUCCUCUUUGAAAUGCUUUGCUGAAACACCAAAUAAGAAAAAUAAGUUAACUAUGAUCGCUGAGCCACUCGAUAAGGGUUUAGCUGAGGACAUAGAGAAUAAGGUUGUGCAAAUCACUUGGCCAAAAAAGCGACUCGGAGACUUUUUCCAGAAAAAGUAUGACUGGGAUUUGCUUGCCUCCAGGUCUAUAUGGGCUUUUGGGCCAGACGCUACUGGUCCGAAUAUACUAAUGGAUGAUACAUUACCGUCUGAAGUUGAUAAGAAUUUACUACUUACUGUCAAAGAUUAUAUCGUGCAGGGUUUCCAAUGGGGUACACGUGAAGGACCACUGUGUGACGAACCAAUUCGCAAUGUGAAAUUUAAAAUAUUAGAUGCUCUGAUUUCUGGCGAAGCACACCAACGGGGUUCUGGACAAAUAAUUCCUACAGCUCGCCGAGUUGCCUACUCUGCUUUCCUCAUGGCUACACCUCGCUUGAUGGAACCUUAUUACUUGGUUGAGGUACAGGCGCCUGCGGAUUGUGUUUCAGCGGUAUAUACAGUUCUUGCUCGUCGUCGUGGUCAUGUAACACAUGAUGCUCCUAUAUCUGGAUCUCCUUUGUAUGUUAUCCGUGCAUUUGUACCCGUCAUUGAUUCAUUUGGAUUCGAGACAGAUCUUCGAACUCAUUCUCAAGGACAGGCAUUUUGUAUGCUUGUUUUUAAUCACUGGCAAAUGGUUCCAGGAGAUCCUCUCGAUCGUUCAAUUCAAAUACAACCUUUGGUCCCACAGCCUGCUACUCAUUUGGCUCGGGAGUUUAUGGUUAAAACUCGUAGAAGAAAGGGUUUGAAUGAAGAUGUAAGUAUCAAUAAAUUCUUUGAUGAUCCUAUGUUGCUAGAACUAGCCAAACAAGACGUAAUGCUGAAUUAUGCACUAUAA